UUUAAGAACCCACCGGAAUCUGUCAAAUUAGAAGCUUCAACAAUGGAGGCUCCCCUUUACGAUUUCAUAAUCCUAGCCGCCUCUGGUUUCACCGGCAAGUACGUGGUCCGACAAGCCCUCAAAUUCCUCAACCCAUCUCCUUCUUCCCCUCUCAAAUCCUUCGCUCUAGCCGGUCGGAAUCCGACAAAGCUGUCGGAAACUCUCAAAUGGGCAGCUCAUCCCAACUCCCCGCCGUCAAUUCCGCUUCUAACCGCCGAUAUUUCCGACCCACAAUCCAUCCACCGCCUCUGCACCCAAACCAAGCUCAUCCUCAACUGCGCCGGACCCUUCCGCCGCUACGGCGAGCCGGUGGUAGCGGCGUGUGUAGAGACAGGGUGCGAUUAUUUGGACAUUUGUGGGGAGCCGGAGUUCAUGGAGACAAUGGAAGCUAAUUAUCAUGAGAGAGCGGUUGAGAAUGGUUGUUUGGUGAUUUCGGCUUGUGGGUUCGACUCGGUUCCGGCUGAAUUGGGUUUUAUUUUCAAUUCCAAGCAAUGGGUUGGGGAAUCGGCGCCGAACCGGGUCGAGGCGUAUUUGAGCUUGGAAUCCAAGAACAAAAUUGUUGCGAAUUUUGGGACACUUGAGUCGGCUGUUUUGGGUGUCGCUAAUGCCGACCGGUUAGUGCAAUUGCGGCGGUCGAGGCCUAGAAGACCUCGGCCAACGAUUCCGGGUUGUCCUCCUCCUAAAGGACCAACUGUGGAACACAACAAAGAGACAAGCCUUUGGGCUGUAAGAUUACCUUCAGCUGAUUCCACUGUUGUUCGUAGAACACUCUCUUCUCUAGCUCAAAACCCUCAUGGUCUUCCCGGUGUUAACGAGCACGUCGAAGAGAUCGAACAGAGGACGACGUUUUGGUCGUCGGUGAAGCCAGCUCAUUUCGGCGUAAAAAUUGGCCAUAAGUCAUUGAUUUGCAUUCUCCAAAUGAUUGCGGUUGGAAUGAUCAUAGGUUUGUUGAGUAGAAGUUUGUUCGGGACGUGGCUUCUUUUGACAUUCCCUUCGAUUUUUAGUCUCGGUUGGUUUAGGAAGAACGGUCCUUCUGAAGACGAGGUCGAUAGUGCGUCGUUUAAGAUGUGGUUUGUUGGUCAUGGUUUUAGUAAUAAUAAUGGUGGAGGGAAUCGAGAACUCGAUAUGAAAGUUGUAACGAGAGUGAUGGGGCCUGAAUCUGGAUAUGUAGCUACUUCGAUAAUCCUUGUUCAAUGUGCUUUUGUUGUUCUAAGCAAACGCGAGAUUCUUCCAGAAGGAGGAGUUCUUACUCCUGGUAUUGUGUUUGGACCUACUAAUCUUCAGAAAAGACUCGAAGAGAAUAGGAUAAGUUUUGAUGUUAUUUCAAAGCAUGCUCCGUUGCAGAAGUUGUAGUCAGGUUCUUUCAGAGAUCAUUUGCGAUAUGCUUUAGGUACUCCCAGUAAAAUAAACUCGAUAGAUGAGAAUAAAAUUGUUCUUUUACUUAUACAACUUAAGAUAAAUAAGAGC